GGGCGGGACCAAGAGCGGAAGUGGGUGUGACGGGGACUGGGGCCCGGUGGGCCCGCGGAGGAAGGAUAGUGGGGAGUGGGAGCCGUGGGGUUCGGAGCGAUGAUUCCCCCACAGGAGGCUUCCGCCCGGCGGCGGGAGAUCGAGGACAAGCUGAAGCAGGAGGAGGAGACGCUGUCCUUCAUCCGAGACAGCCUGGAGAAGAGCGACCAGCUCACUAAGAACAUGGUGUCUAUCUUAUCAUCCUUUGAGAGCCGCCUUAUGAAGCUGGAGAACUCCAUCAUCCCCGUGCACAAGCAGACGGAGAAUCUGCAGCGGCUGCAGGAGAAUGUUGAGAAGACACUGUCCUGCCUGGACCAUGUCAUCAGCUACUACCAUGUGGCCAGUGACACUGAGAAGAUCAUCAGAGAGGGCCCCACAGGUAGGCUGGAAGAGUACCUGGGGAGCAUGGCCAAGAUUCAGAAGGCAGUGGAGUAUUUCCAGGACAACAGCCCAGACAGCCCAGAACUCAACAAAGUGAAACUGCUCUUUGAGCGUGGGAAGGACGCCCUGGAGGCUGAAUUCCGCAGCCUGAUGACACGGCACAGUAAGGUCGUCUCACCCGUGCUCAUCUUGGAUCUGAUCAGUGGUGACGAUGAUCUGGAGGCCCAAGAGGACGUGACCCUGGAGCACCUGCCCGAGAGCGUGCUCCAGGAUGUCGUUCGCAUUUCCCGCUGGCUGGUAGAAUACGGCCGCAACCAAGAUUUCAUGAACGUCUACUACCAGAUACGCUCCAGCCAGCUGGACCGCUCCAUCAAGGGCCUGAAGGAGCAUUUCCAUAAGAGCAGUUCUUCCUCUGGGGUUCCCUACUCCCCUGCUAUCCCCAACAAGAGGAAAGACACACCUACCAAGAAGCCAGUCAAGCGGCCAGGGACGAUCCGUAAGGCUCAGAACCUUCUGAAACAGUAUUCCCAGCAUGGUCUAGAUGGGAAAAAGGGGGGCUCUAACCUCAUUCCUCUGGAAGGUCACGAGCAUGAUUUCCGAGUUAAGCACCUGUCCGAGGCCUUGAACGACAAGCACGGGCCACUGGCCGGGAGAGAUGACAUGCUGGACGUGGAGACCGAUGCCUACAUUCACUGCGUCAGUGCCUUCGUCAAGCUGGCGCAGAGCGAGUACCAGCUGCUGGCAGACAUCAUCCCCGAGCACCACCAGAAGAAGACCUUCGACUCCCUGAUACAGGAUGCCCUGGAUGGGCUGAUGCUUGAAGGGGAGAACAUCGUGUCCGCUGCCCGGAAGGCCAUCGUGCGACACGACUUCUCCACGGUGCUCACCGUCUUCCCCAUCCUGCGGCACCUCAAGCAGACCAAGCCUGAGUUUGACCAGGUGCUCCAGGGCACGGCCGCCAGCACCAAGAACAAGCUGCCUGGCCUCAUCACCUCCAUGGAGACCGUCGGUGCCAAAGCGCUGGAAGACUUCGCGGACAACAUCAAGAAUGAUCCGGACAAGGAGUACAACAUGCCAAAGGACGGCACCGUGCACGAGCUCACCAGCAAUGCCAUCCUCUUUCUGCAGCAGCUUUUGGACUUCCAGGAGACGGCAGGUGCCAUGCUGGCCUCCCAAGAGACCAGCUCUUCGGCCACCAGCUACAGCUCCGAGUUCAGCAAGCGGCUGCUAAGCACCUAUAUCUGUAAAGUACUGGGCAACCUACAGUUGAACUUGCUGAGCAAGUCCAAGGUGUACGAGGACCCAGCUCUGAGCGCCAUCUUCCUUCACAACAACUACAAUUACAUCCUCAAGUCCCUGGAGAAGUCUGAACUGAUCCAGCUGGUGGCAGUGACACAGAAGACUGCCGAGCGCUCCUACCGGGAGCACAUUGAGCAGCAGAUCCAGACCUACCAGCGCAGUUGGUUAAAGGUGACCGAUUACAUCGCAGAGAAGAAUCUACCUGUGUUCCAGCCGGGAGUCAAGCUCCGGGACAAGGAGCGGCAGAUUAUCAAGGAACGUUUUAAGGGCUUCAAUGAUGGCCUCGAAGAACUGUGCAAAAUCCAGAAGGCCUGGGCUAUUCCAGACACAGAGCAGAGGGACAGGAUUCGCCAGGCCCAGAAGACCAUUGUCAAGGAGACCUACGGGGCCUUUCUACAGAAGUUCGGCAGCGUACCCUUCACCAAGAACCCAGAGAAGUACAUCAAGUAUGGCGUGGAGCAGGUGGGCGACAUGAUCGAUCGCCUUUUCGACACCUCUGCCUGAGCCUCCUGCUAGCCCUGCCUGGUUCCGCCAGACUGGCAUGUCAUUGGACAGAUAAACCAGUGUUAACUUGC